AUGUCGGUGUUCGAUGGUGAAAUCGCUGCGUCCGGGUUGGGCGGUCUAGUGCGGCAUAACUUGCCGGCACGCGGUGCCUCAACCACGACAUCGGCGGCACCCGCCAAAAUUGAAAAAACUGUCAAUACGGUGACCAUUUUGGGUCGCGUGGGCGCAGAUCCGCAGCUGCGCGGAUCCCAGGAGCAUCCAGUGGUCACAUUCUCCGUCGCCACACACACAAACUACAAAUAUGAGAACGGGGACUGGGCCCAGCGCACGGACUGGCAUCGCGUGGUCGUCUUUAAACCCAAUUUGCGCGACACUGUGCUGGAGUACCUGAAGAAGGGACAGCGCACCAUGGUUCAGGGCAAGAUCACCUAUGGCGAGAUCACCGAUCAGCAGGGCAACCAGAAGACCAGCACCAGCAUCAUAGCCGACGACGUGCUCUUCUUCCGCGAUGCCAACAACUAGACUCUAGGACUCAAAGACAACCCUAAGACACGCUAAUUUUAAGCACAAAAAGUUGAACUUUCAGUUUUAAACGUAUGCAUUUACAUUGUGUGAAUAGUAUCCAAUAAGUGAAUCAUCCAUUAUCAUGUUAUCUAUCGGUUGUUUCUCAGAAUAUAAUCAUUACAGAAAUCCUUGGCUAG